UGAUAUUGGGGUUCAGGCCAAGUGUUUUAACCUGAGGAUCACCCAUGGAGUGGAGAUGAUGAAGACAGUGGAUAUCCUGGGACUGUUCAAGCUGAUGAAAAGUGGAUGCAGAGUAAGCAGUUUAGAACUAUCGGUAGAGAGAGAAGUGUAAAUGGUUCUCAUCCUGAUGAAAAGGAAGAAAUAAAUAAAAUGAUGUAUGUUCAAGUGCGUAAUAUGGCAAUAAAUAAAGAAAAUAGUUGGACUAGUGACAAUCCAUCAUCACCACAAGAUGAAAGAGGUUCACUUCCUGAAGGCUCAGUUCAUUUCCAGCAAACAUCUAGUGAAACUAGAGACUUUGUUACACUACCCACUUGUACAUCAUGCAGAAUUCAAAGUUAUGGGUCCGAGAUGAGAGCAGUCAGUCCAGAUUCUGGUGAGAUGAAAACAAAUGAUAACACUGAACAUAUUCUUGAAGUGGUUCGACCAUUUUCUCCACUUUCUUUGGAGGUACAGCAGGUAAUUUCAGCAACUGUUAAAGACAGUUUUUGUAGGGUUGGUGCAGCUAGUCAAGAUCAUAGCUAUAUCCAAGAAUCUAGUUUUUGUAAAUUGUUCAAAGUUGGACAAGAAGAGAAGAAUGAAAGUGUAGAACACAAAGAAAACACGUGUUCUACAGUUGAUGAUGUCAGUGAUUUGACAGAAGAACUGGAAGAUGUGGAAAGAAGUAAGGUGAGCUCCAUAGGAGAAAUUAGUUAUCCUAAUCAGGAUGCGAAGGAAAAAAAUGAAAGAUCUUUUUCCAGUAGCAAUUGGAACACAUACAGGUUCUCCACUUUUCCAAACUUUUUUCUCCCCCCACAGGAUUUGGAAAAGUCUAUGAGAACCCUUAGAACGGCUUUACUGAUACCAUCUCGGAAAGAGGAAGUAAAUUCAGAAGAUAAAGUUAAAAAUAAUACUACUAGAAGAAGUUUAGAGGAUGCUGGUUAUGAACCAACAGAAGAAGAGACUCGACGAAUACAGCAAAUUUUAUCAAAGUCUCUGUAAAAACCUGAUAUAAAGUCCUUAAUAAAGAGAAGAAUUUGAUAGAUUUAUAAAAUCAAGAAUUGAUAAUUGAAUUCAUUUUAAAAUAAAUUAUUUAUUAAUUAAAAUAUGUGUGCUUGUGUUUUUUGAAUGUGUGAUUAUAUUUAUGAAUAUUAAGAAUUCUCUGUUGUUGUAGCAUAAUAUGCAAAUAUAUUUUUGCUGUGAGGUAACAGGUAUCUGUUUAUGAAACAAGAAAUGUUUGAUUUAUUAAAAUGAGCUACAGGUGUAGUAAGAAUCAAGGAUAGGUUACAUUCUGGUCUGUUGAUUAGUUAAAUGUUAAAGGGGUUUAUGUCUGAAUUUCAAAAUUGAAAGACUAAGGAAGUAGGCUGAACAUGAUACAGUGGCUAGUGUGCCGGACUUUGGAUCUGUGGGUCCAACAUUAGUGUCUCAUUACUGAAAUAAAUAUAUAAAAUAUUGCAAUCCUAUUUUAAAGCUGUGAGUGUGUUAUAAGUGCAACCAUCAGAACCCACUAUUUUGUCAGACCAGUGUGGGUACUGUUAACUUCCUGCUAGUCUAACAGCUCAAAGUUAAAAUGGUAAGUGCAGAUAGCCUUGGAGUAGAUUGCACAAAUAUCCAAAUAACAAACAAGUAUUCUAAGAAAGUAUGAAUGUCUAGAACAGUUAACAUUUAAAGUGUUGACACCUUUUUAUGUAUG